AUGCGCCUCGCCAUCGCCCGUCCAAUUGCUGAGUCGCCGAAGUUCGGCAAGCACAUCCAGAAGCGACAGCUCGACUUUCCAGAGUACGCCGCAAGCUUUGUCGAUUACAAGGCCCUCAAGAAGCUCAUCAAGAAACUGAGCGCCACCCCUGUGAUCCAUGCCCAAAAUGAGCCUAGUUUGGCGGACCCACAGACCUCUCUCCAGGCGAACAAGGCCACCUUCUUCUUCCGGCUCGAACGAGAGCUUGAGAAGGUCAACAAGCUUUAUCUCCAGAAAGAGGCUGAGCUGAAGCUACGUCUGAACACGCUGCUAGAGAAGAAGAGGUCGCUGCAGUCCCAGCCCAUCCCCAUCUCCAAGCUAUCAUCCAAAUACGUCAUUCUGGAGGAAGCCUUCCGUCUUUUCAGCAAUGACCUCAACAAGCUGCAGCAAUUUGUCGAGAUCAACGCCACUGCCUUCUCCAAAAUCCUCAAGAAGUGGGACAAAACAUCAAAGUCCCGCACAAAAGAACUUUACAUCUCGCGCGCUGUUGAGGUGCAGCCAUGUUUCAACCGCGAGGUCAUCAGCGAUCUCUCCGACCAGGCGACCACCAACCUCCUUGAUUUUGCCGCGUGGGCGGAGGGUGAGCAGAUGCAGUACGCCACAUCGGUGCCAUCCGAGUUCCCCACCAGGAUACACGACGCCGACACCGAUGCCGAUCCUCAAAUCCUGCAGACCAUCACAUCUGGCAAUAUCUCAGGUGUUGAGGAGUGGAUUAGCCGCGUUGUUGUCUUGCCCGAUGCAAGAGAUCGCAUUACGAGAGCAUUCCUUGCUACUGCCUACGAUGCGCCAGAGGUUGCUCUGAAAGUCAUGCUCGAUACUAACCUCGUUGAUCUCGAUCAAGGCGACGAUGUCAAUGCGAGAAAUUGCCUACACAAGGCUGCCAUCUCUGGUCGGUCGUUGGUCCUAAAGAUUGGACUUGAGGGAAAUGCCGAUGUCAGAGCCUCGGACGUGUACGGCAGGAUCCCUCUCCACUAUGCCUGCAUGCACGGUCACGUCGGCAUGAUUCAAGACCUCGUCACCGCAGCACCAGACACAGUUGAUUUCAAGGAUCACGACGGCUUCACCCCUCUUAUCCACAGCAUUGUCCAUAACCACCUCUCGGAUUACGGGGUGAACCUGGACCAGCCUGACAAGCUUUACCAAUGGACACCACUAUUCCAUGCAGCAAGCGAAGGGCAUGUGGUCUGCAUGAAAACGCUUCUAGACUGCGGUGUCAGCGUGCAUGUCAAGGAUGAAAAGGGCCUCACGGCAAUGUACUACGCUACGUGGGAAGGCCAUCUGGAGUGCAUGAAGCUGCUGGCGCCUGUUGCCCAAGAUACUCCGAUGCCGCCGCCGGCGAAACCGGCGCCUCCAAUGCUUGCUGCGGGCCCUCCACCAUCCAGCACCCCACAACCAAUGGCAAUGGAGGUGGACGGAAUCCCCGAUCUGUCCCUGCCUCCUCCCAUCAUCCCUAUCAGGAGGUACGGCCACAACUUCCUUGAGAACAAGACAUUUGUCGUCAUCAGUUUCGGCGAUCUGAAUUCAGAGCCUAUACGUUUCUACGAGGACAGCAAGUAUCCUGCUGCGCGGUUGACUAUCGCAUCAAAGUCGUCCGACUUGAUCCCGCGAAAUAUCCCACUCCCAAUGUCAGAAGAGAACAAGGUCAUUUCCUUCCAAGUCGAUAAUCUCGACACUUUCAGUAUCGAUUUCGACGUCUACCCGACUUUUGGGGCGAAGGUUAUCGCGAGAACUGAAGCUUCGUCGACGGUGUUUAGGAACAGGGAAUCCAGCUCCGGCUUCUGCAACCUUGGACCUCCUCUGGAGAUCACUCAUUUCGCCACAUACUGGAAAGCUACCAGCCAGUUUGACGAGUCACCAAGUGCUCUUAUUACUGGCUCUAGCUUGUCAGGCAACUACUGGAAGGUGAAGUACGGCAGACUUGACAUGCCUGUCACACGUCUGACAUACGAAGAAUUCCUGUAUAUCGGGGCUGAGAAUGGCGGGGGUGAUCCUGCGCUAGCCGCGUUGUCUAGUACCCCAGCCCAUGACAUCCCGAAGAUCCAUAAGAUCCUCGCAAACUCAUACAUCAGCUUGAAAGACGCCAUUCAGCGCUUGCCUGUCGAUGUGCGCCUCGAACUACACAUACUCUAUCCUAACCGUAUCGAGGAAGAGACUUUGAGGCUCGGACCCACUCCGAACAUCAACACUUUUGCAGACACGCUUUUGAACAUCGUGUUCGAUGAUGCUCGUCAUCUGCGCGAGCAGGCAGGGGCAGCGGCAAGGUCGAUUGUAUUCUCCAGUUUCAAUGCGGACAUGUGCACGGCAUUGAACUGGAAACAGCCAAACUACCCCGUCCUCCUCGGAAACGAGCUCGGCGCAGACCCGAUUGAAGCCGCAGCCGAUCCACAAAAGGUGCACAGCAGUGGGCGCACGACAAUCUCGGUAAAGGAGGCGGUGCAGGUUGCACAAAACAACAAUUUGAUGGGCCUUAUUUGCAGUUCGCGCUUGUUGGAUCUUGCUCCCGCGCUCAUCGAGUCUGUCAAGACGGCCAGCCUUGUUCUCAUCGCAGAUCUCUCGACACAGCCACUGUCCUUAGCGAGCCAGAGUUCGACCGAUCGCACCGAUGGGUACUUUGAUCGCGAAGGCGUUCUUCACUUCAACGAAACCGUGGAUAUUUGA